UGAUUAUCCACUAUUCAACAAGAUCUGUAAACUUAAAUGGACGGAUAAUUGACAAUAACUACCCCCAGACUUGAUACCCCGUUACACUCCAGCACUCGUCCAAAGACGCAUUCCACACAGUGAUUUAAACACCCUUUGUUUUAUAAAUAUAAACACAACCGCCAUUACCCUUCGACAAACGCAUGAUCCUACCACGUGAAUGAAGAGGAAUCCUCACACAGCUGAACAUGGUGGAACAUCUAACAGAGGAGCAGAUAAAUGAGUUUAAAGAAGCAUUUGUAGUCUUUGAUGCCGGUGACAGUGCAAUACCAGCUAAGGACUGUGGGACCGUAAUGAGAUCACUAGGAUACAACCCAACACAAUCUCAGCUCACAGAAUGGGUGGCAGCGGCAGAUAGAGAUGGUACUGGGUUGGUCGAUUUCCCCAGUUUUCUAGUAAUGAUGGCCAAAAAAUUGGAGGAUCCCGAGGAGGACGAAGAAGAAAUGAAAGAAUAUUUUCGUACUUUCGACACGGAAGGGACAGGGUUCCUUAAUGCUGCAGAAUUUCGUAAUAUGAUGACAAGCAUUGGUGACAAACUGACCGAUGACGAGGUGGACGAGAUGAUAAGAGAAGCCGACCUCGAUGGAAAUGGCCACAUUAACUAUGAAGAGAUAAAAGAAGCCUUUUCGUUAUUCGACAAAGAUGGAAGUGGCUGUAUCGACGCUAGAGAAGUGGGUACCGUACUGCGAUCUGUUGGUCAAAACCCAACAGAGGCGGAGCUUAUGGCCAUAACUAACGAGGUAGAUCCUGAUGGUCAUGGCAUAGACUUUUCCGAUUUCAAAUCAGUAAUGAUGUCUCGGUCAGGGAACUCUGAUACACCCGAGGAGUUAGACGAGGCGUUUCGGGUGUUCGACAGGGAUGGUAAUGGCUUUAUAACAGCCUCAGAGCUGCGACAUGUCAUGACAAAUUUAGGAGAGAAAUUGACAGACGAAGAGAUGAACGAAAUGUUAGGAGAAGCUGACAUUGAUGGUGAUGGUCAAAUAAACUACGAGGAAUAUAAAGAGUCGUUCUCCCUCUUUGACAAAAACGGCGAUGGUCGAAUCGAAGCUAAAGAACUCGGAACAGUCAUGCGAGGGCUAGGCCAGAACCCAACAGAGUCUGAACUACUAGAUAUUAUCCACGAAGCGGAUCUUGAUGGGAACGGAACGAUCGACUUUCCAGAAUUUCUGUCAAUGAUGGUAAAUCAUCGGAAUUUAGCAUCGGACGAUCAAAAGGAAGAACUAAAAGAAGCAUUCCGAAUAUUUGACGUUGAUGGUAAUGGGUUAAUCGAAGCCGAGGAACUGCGACUUCAGGCUGAUCAGAUGACAGAAGAACAUAUUGAAGAAUUCCGAGAGGCCUUCAGUUUGUUUGAUAAAGAUGGUGACGGUUUCGUGUCGUCCAAAGAGCUUGGUACAGUGAUGCGGUCCCUUGGUCAGAACCCUACAGAGGCCGAACUUCAGGACAUGAUAAACGAAGUGGACACUGACGGAAAUGGUACAAUAGAUUUUCCAGAAUUUUUAACUAUGAUGUCAAGGAAAAUAGUUGAUGACGACAGCGAUGCGGAGUUAAAGGAGGCUUUUAGGACGUUUGAUUCCAACGGGAAUGGUUUUAUUAGUGCUGCUGAACUUCGGUACAUUAUGAUUAACCUAGGGGAAAAACUAACAGACGAGGAGGUGGAGGAGAUGAUAAAUGAAGCGGAUGUGGAUGGAGACGGACAUGUCAAUUAUGAGGAAUUUGUAAAGAUGAUGCGUAGUUAGUGUGAUUGAUGCAUGGACCAACAACCUCUAUGUGUGCUCUAGUGCGGAGAGUGAAAAUGAAAUUGUCAUCCAAGCAAGAUAACUCAUCGCUGGUGCUAUGCCUGAUGCUAAGACGCCAUAUAUAACCGCACGAUGUAUAGAGAGAAUGAAUGCAGAUGUGUGACUGUCUCUUGUAACUUCAUUUGACGACUUUCAUUUUGAUAUCCAUAUACAUUGCAUAGCCACCACGGAGUAAAUGAUACAUCAUUUAUCGUAUAUAUAUAAGAGGAUGAAGUGAUAAUGAAUGAGGGGAAAUUACCGUACAUGUGAGAAUGUAAAGUAAUAUUAGAAAUUAUAUGAUACAAGUGUAUAUCCUGCAAAUGAUAUGACUGACAAAUAUAAUCUAUCAUUUUCUUGUGGUGCGUGCACACAGAGAAAACACAAAUCGAGGGUAAGAAAUUCAAAGUUUUGCAUGCGGCCUUGCUCAGUUUUCAACUUUGAAAAUCUUAUCCCGAGGGUUGAGAUUCUCUCUGCCUGCUUCACACUGAGAGAAUAAUAAAUUAUUUUUCAUCCAUAUUAUUCUGUUCUGAAAUUAAGAUAAUAGUGAAAUCAAGUGCAUCGCACCAUCAUUACGGGUGCAUGAUAUGUGUGACAAAGUAUUGAUAACGCUGCUCCGUUUACACUGCAUAAAGGGCUGACGCGAUGUUUACAAGGUAUAAAGGGCUGACGCGAUGUUUACAUGAGCAAGUAAAGACAUGGUUUAUCCUUUCCUUAGCAAACAGGAAAUGCACCUGGGAAGUGUGGGGGAAACACUGCAUCAAACGAAUUUAAAGUCAUAAUGGACAUUACAACUUCAUGUAUAUCGAAUUGAAAUAUAAUUCUAUACACAACAUAAAAUUAUCAUGUUGAUAAAGUAAUAAUAAAUGCAUGGCUAUAGAUAAGGAAAUGUAAGGUUUUAACAGAAAAGGUGAGUAAGUCAUUCAAACGUAACAAGGUACAACGAGUGAAUGGGGCACAACUCUAGAGUGAUAUAUACAUGACCUCAGAUGAGGGUUUCUGUAUAGCGGUCUGACUCUACCACUGUGAAAUACUGUGAAAUGUGAACCGAUAUAUCUAUGAUAAUUCGCAUUGAUCAGCUGCAAAUACCAACAAAACAAGUGACUGCAGCUUUAACAGGAAACAACAUUACUUAUGAUAAUAAA